AGAUAUAGAGGGAGAAGAAGAGACGUAUGUGACUGAUAUAAAGGCAGAAGAUAUAGAGGGAGAAGAAGAGACAUAUGUGACUGAUAUAAAGGCAGAAGAUACAGAGGGAGAAGAAGAGACGUAUGUGACUGAUAUAAAGGCAGAAGAUAUAGAGAGAGAAGAAGAGACGUAUGUGACUGAUAUAAAGGCAGAAGAUAUAGAGGGAGAAGAAGAGACGUAUGUGACUGAUAUAAAGGCAGAAGAUAUAGAGGGAGAAGAAGAGACGUAUGUGACUGCUAUGAAGGCAGAAGAUACAGGGGGAGAAGAAGAGACGUAUGUGAGGGGUGAUCAGCAGUGUAAGGAGGAGGAAAUCCCUACAGAUAUCAGCACAGAUGGACACACAAGCAGGAAUAUCUCAGAAGGACAUCUAAUGUUAUCCCCGGAUUGUAAAAUAAAAGAUAAUGACAGUAUACAGGAUUCUCCAGGAGCUAACCCCAUUACCCCAAUUAUACAUCCAGCUCUAUCAGUUGAUCCCCCUGAUCCUGGGAUAUGUUCUCCUAUUCACUUUGAUAUUGGUGCAUCUGUUACAGCUCUGACAGUAGAUACAGUGUUUCUCUGUUUUAUAGAUGCCAAAUGUUUUACACAGAACACAAAGCUUAUUACCCAUCAGACAGGUAGGGCAGGGGAGAGGCCAUUUCCAUGUUCUGAGUGUGGAAAAUGUUUUACCUGGAAAUCACAACUUGUUGCACAUCAGCGAAGUCACACAGGUGAGAAGUCAUUUCCAUGUCCUGAGUGUGGGAAAUGUUUUGCACACAAAUCAGGUCUCGUUAUACAUUACAGAAGUCACACAGGUGAGAAGCCAUUUUCUUGCUCUAAGUGCGAGAAAUGUUUUAUCCAGAAAUCAAAACUUGUUACACAUCAAAGAAGUCACACAGGUGAGAAGCCAUUUCCAUGUUCUGAGUGUGGGAAAUGUUUUGCACGCAAAUCAGAUCUUGUUAUGCAUCACAGAAGUCACACAGGUGAGAAGCCAUUUUCUUGCUCUGAGUGCGGGAAAUGUUUUAUCCGGAAAUCACAACUUGUUAUACAUCAGAGAAGUCACACAGGUGAGAGGCCAUUUCCAUGUUCUGAGUGUGGGAAAUAUUUUGCACACAAAUCAGAUCUUGUUAUACAUAAGAGAAGUCACACAGGUGAGAAGCCAUUUUUUUGCUCUGAAUGCGGGAAAUGUUUUGCACAGAAAUCACAACUUGCUAGACAUCACAGAAGUCACACAGGUGAGAGGCCAUUUUCUUGCUCUGAGUGCGGGAAAACCUUUGCCCACAAAUCACAUCUUGUUACACAUCAGCGAAGUCACACAAGUGAGAAGCCACUUCCAUGGUCUGAGAAAUAAAUCCGCUCUUGUUGCACGCAAUGGACAUCACUCAGAUGAGGAACCAUUUUAGUCUUCUGGAGUAUACUAAUUGCCAUGCAUUGUUCUUUAAGGUUCUUAUCCUAUCUCCAAUGCUUUUUGCAAUAUACAUGCUACCACUGGGUGAAAUAAUCAGAUGUCAUGCCCUCAUCUACUACUGCUAUGCAGAUGACCUGUCUCUUGCUUCGGGUACUGAGAACCCAGUACCAAUCCUAAAUGGUUGUGUAGCUGAGAUCCAGGUGUGGGUGAUGCCAGUUGGCUGUGACUGAGUCCUGGUGAAACAGGUCCAUAUGGUAGAAGCUCACCAACAAAGGGCAGGGCUACAGCUCUGCUUUGUUACCAACCAGACUUACACUUGUGGGUUCCGAGUUACAAAAUGCUGAUCCUGUGCAGAAUCUUGGUGUCCUGGAUGGUGGAGUGACACUUAGACAUCAGGUAUCAGCCACAAUCAGAUCCUCAUCUGAGGAACAUAGCCAGACUCCAGCACUUAUUUCCCUCAGAAGAUCUACCUACAGUCAUACAUGCACUUGUAUCAUCACGCAUAGACUACUGCAAUGUCCUCUACCUGGGUCUCCCAGCAAUAGAAUUGCACCGGUUGUAACUUGUACAGAUUGCAGCAGCCAGGCUGUUACCUAACCAGCCCGUUCCUGCCCCAUAACACCCAUUCUCUGCUCCCUUCACCGGCUGCCUGUAAGAUGGUGACUCUGGGCCUAAUUUAGGUUGGAUUGCAGUGUGUGAUCCAAAAGGAAUUAUUGAGAAAAAGUUGCGGACGCAUGCGCAGCACCCGUCAUGCGCAUGCGCCUGCAUUCUCUACGUGGGGGCUGCAGACAAUGCGAUUACUUCUUGUUAAUCAGGCAGAGGCGGUCACGGGGUGGGGGCAAUGCUCCAUUUCCAGGGAGAAGAUAGAGCAUUGCAAGUGUGGUGCGGCGAGAAAGGGAAGCAGACAAACGGACGUGAUCACGGUGGCAUCACACGCAGCCAUCGCAAUCGAGAAGAAUGCGGUAGGUAUCCUGCAGGUACAGCUAAGCUGGCAGGAUGCUUCACUAAUUUCUAAAAUGAAGCAGAAAUUGUGAAGCGAUCGCAAUUUCUGCUUCAAGGGUGGAGGCGUCAGUCAGCAUGGUAGGCGGCCUUGACCUGCGAUGGGUGGCCCCCUGCAAGAUAGAAAAAGAAUUGCUAAUUAGCAGCUUCUGCCUCCUUACUGACUUACUGUAGGCCCCUAUUACAUAAUCUUACUGACUCUCCCAGCCCUACAUGACCAGGGUCCAUGUACCAGAAGCAGCUUCUGCCUCCUUACUGACUUACUGUAGGCCCCUAUUACAGAAUCUUACUGACUCUC